AUGGUAAAAGAGAAGAGAAGUCGAAACGGGAAAAUAAGAUUUUCCACCAUACGAGAUCCACCGCUCUAUUCGAGGCAAGCAGAUAUUGUUAGCAUCCGGUACGAGUUCACUGAAUCACUGAGAGGCGCUCGCAUCAUCCUUAUCGAAGGCUACCGAUUCGCCAUAAAGAACAUGAGCAAAGCUAACGCACCGAUAAAGAAGAUACAAUGGAACUGUACCACUCACGGCAAGCAUGGCUGCAAGGCUUCCAUCUUCACAUCUAGAGAUGAGAUCAUCUAUCUCGACAACAAGCACACUCAUCCACCACAAACGGAUAAGAAAUCACAGAACAAAUACUUUCUGCCGGUCUCCAAGACGUUAUUCUCAAUGUUGUCAGGGGGCAGACGAGCAGGCGGAUCACCUGAUGGCAUCCGGUACGAGUUCACUGAAUCACUGAGAGGCGCUCGCAUCAUCCUCAUUGAAGGCUACCGAUUCGCCAUAAAGAAUAUGAGCAAAGUUAACGCACCGAUAAAGAAGAUACAAUGGACUUGUUCCACUCAUGGCAAGCAUGGCUGCAAAGCUGUCGUCUUCACUUCUAGAGAUGAGAUCAUCUUUCUCGACAACAAGCACACUCAUCCACCACAAACGGAUAAGAAAUCGCAGAACAAAUACUUUCUGCCGGUCUCCAAGGUUAAGAUGUUUUAUCGUCAACCGGAUUAUAAGUAAAUGACGUAAUAUUAAUACUUAUUUAUGUACCCUUUAGAUGUCCAGCUUCAAUUCACUUAGUGUGAUAAUCAAGACAUUAAUAUUCUUCCAAAUAUGUUCGAAAAAUUUGGAACAUUCUAGAUGUUUUAAUUUGAAGUAUUUAACAUUCUGUCCAGCAUCUGAUAUGUAUUUGUAUUUAGGAUGUCUUAUAUAUGUGUGUAUAUCGAUGUAUCUAAUGUAAUGGUAUAAGUAGUCAAUAAGUCAAAUGAGCUUCUUAAUUCUGCAAACGAUGUACUCAUUUCUAAUACAUGAAAAUCAGUACUAAGGAGUGAUGCAGUAUUAAGGAAAGUUUACUUUUGUUUUAUUUUCUGUUCUCUUUUGUUAAAAGUUAACAAUUUAAUGGACUUGAUAUCUAGUCAAUUGUCAUUAAGUAUGUAAUCAAUUUCAAAGUCUUUUGACUUAUUUUUAAGAUUAAAAGUAGAGAUUUAAGGCUAAAAUUUUGAGGAUGGAAUGUAUUUGAAAAUAGGUAAGUGAAAUAUGUGGUGCUAUUGUUGAGAUCAACUAAUUGAAUGUUGUUUGGAUGUGAUGAAAAUAAUCUAGUCGAAAUUAAUGAAUUGUAAAAUUAAUCGAAAGUGCCACAGUUGCGAUGGUUUUAAAUGAUUACUGUUAGUUUUUAUCGUCAAUUUAUUUUGUUUUUACGGUGUGGGUGACGAACGCUUGUUGUGAAUUACGGUUGAAAUGGAAC